ACAAUGGGGCUGAGCUAGGAAGACAGAGCAUUCAGAGAGACAGGAAGUCAGAAUGGGAGGGGGAGCAACAACAACUUCAGAUUGAGCCUUUGGUCACUCUAUUCCAAGACAGCAAAUAAAAUAAUCAUCUGGGAACAAUGAACGUGAAACAUUGAAUCAGCUUGGGUCUGCACGAACCUCACCUCUCCAAAGCUAGCAGUAACCAGGAACUGACAGGAUUAUGUCAAACAGACAUUCAGACCCAUCAUUAGGGGACAAAACUUUCCUUCUAUUUGAGAGAAACAAGUAUCAGGAUAUGAAUCGAAGUACAAAUUCACUACAACGGAAAACUUUGAAUCCUGUGGAUAAUGACUCCUACAUGGCCAGGAGAUCUCCGUCUCCAUCUCCUGUCGAGGCUAAUAGGGUCAUACUGAGCACGGAAAGUCCUGCUGCCCAUAAGCUUGGAACUCAGCAAAUGAUUCCAAAGAACUUGGCUAUAGCCACCAAGACCAAAGUUCCUCGUCAUCAUAGCUUUGCUGCAACAACUUUUAGCAAAGAACUUGCUCGCAAUGAUCCUAAAAGGUUGUCUGCUCCUGAUAUGAAUCUGGAUUCUCCAGAAGAUGACGUGGACAAUGGUGGAACCUUAAAAAGAAAUCUAAGAAAUCAGUCUUACAGGGCAGCUAUGAAAGGAUUUAGGACAGAUGAUGAUGAUGAACCACAAAAAUUUGUAUCUACAUUAAAACCAUUAUCUGAAGAUUCAUCUACACCUCCCACAAGAAGUCCCGGGAGAUCAAAGAAAACAUUUGGAAGGAAAACAAGAAAUAGACAUGCUGGUUCUUUUAAAGAUGAUCCCAGGCUCUACCAAGAUUUCAGGGAGCGAGGACUCAACUCAAACAACCAGGAAUCAGACGAUGAUCUGCUGGAUGAUAAUUAUGUCCAUGUCGAACACCCAGAACCGGACGAUGCCAUUGUGGUUAAAAAUUAUCGCCCUGCCCAACUAAUAUGGAGUCAACUUCCCGAGGUUCAAGAAACAGGAAUUCUGGACAGAAUUUCACCAGAGGAGCGCAAACGACAAGAGGCUAUAUUUGAAAUAAUUACUUCAGAAUACUCCUAUCUACACAGUUUGGAUAUCCUUGUCCGUUUUUUCAAGAAAUCUGAUGCCUUGAAGGCCACCAUUAAUGGCACAGAGCGCCACCACCUCUUCUCAAAUAUUAGCGAUAUUUUGGAAGUCAGUAAAAGAUUUUUUGAUGACUUGGAGAAAAGGCACAAAGACAAUGCGUUUAUUCACGACAUCAGUGACAUUGUAGAGAAUCACGCUUUGAACCAUUUCCACCCCUAUGUGAUUUAUUGCUCCAAUGAAGUCUACCAGCAGAGGACUCUCCAAAAACUGUUAGUCUCAAACUCUGCAUUUAAAGAAGCUUUGAAACAUAUUGAAUUAAUGCCUGAAUGUGGAGGAUUGCCUGUGAUCUCAUUCUUAAUUCUUCCAAUGCAACGAGUGACUCGUCUCCCUCUCCUGAUGGACACUAUUUGUCAGAAAACAGAUUCCAAUUCUCCAGAAUAUGAAGCAAACACUCGGGCUCUAAAGGCAAUCAGUAAGCUGGUAAAACAGUGCAAUGAUGGAGCUCGCAAAAUGGAACGAACAGAACAAAUGUAUACAUUACAAACACAACUGGAAUUUGGAAAGAUCAAGCCCUUCCCCUUGAUUUCUGCCUCCCGUUGGUUGGUGAAGAGAGGAGAGCUUCUCCUAGCAGAGGAAUCGGGAAUUUUCCGAAAAGGCUUUGGAAGACCUUUUUACUACCUCUUUCUGUUCAAUGAUGUCCUUAUUGUAACCAAAAAGAAAAGUGAAGAAAGCUAUGUAGUCACUGACUAUGUCAAAAAAGAUGACUUUACUGUGGAAAAGAUUGAAAAUGAUCCCCAGCUGUCUCCGCCUGGAAAGACUGGUACUCUGGGAAACCGAAGUCCGAGUGGACCCCAUUUGUUCUGUGUACAUAUGACGAAGAACUGUGAUGGCAAACCGAUGCAGAUUAUACUGGGUGCUGACUCUCUGAGUGAUAGAGCUCGAUGGAUAACUGCACUUGAGCUUAAGCUCACAACUAAAGACAACAACAAAGCCAAUAGACAAGGCCUGCGUCAAGUGGAAAUAACAAAGGCAUUCUACGCUAAGCAAGCAGACGAAGUCUCUCUGCAACAAGCAGAUGUUAUGUUGGUUCUACAAGAAGAAGAUGGUUGGUAUCAGGGAGAAAGGUUACGAGAUGGAGAAACUGGCUGGUUUCCGCAGGCUAUUGCCAAAGAAAUUACUAACCAAACCGUUGUGCAACGUAAUGUCCGACGAAUGGAGAGACUGCGUAUUGAGACUGAUGUCUAGUUGGGUUACCUUACUUUCUUUUUAAAGACCCUACACCAGAGAUGACUGAGAUAUAGGAAGAACAUUUUGGUUGUUUCAUCAGAAUUCUCGCACAUUAAACUCCACUUAUUAUGGGAUUGUUCAAGACACGUGUUGGACUGUAUUACUCUGCAAGGAUACAGAAAUGGAUUUAAUAUUUUCAAUGUCCCCAAAUCAUAUUAAAAUACAUAUUUAGGAAGACAAUUCUCCACUUCUAUAUAUGUUUUGUUUGAAUGCA